GGUGUCAUUGCGUUCUUUGCCGUUCUUGGUAAUAUCCCGGUGUUGAUCAUUAUUUGUAGAACGCCAGCAUUGCAGACUAAAUCCAACUUAUUUCUUGCAAAUUUAGCCGUCUCAGAUAUAAUGACAGGCGCUGUUAAAGAUGUUUUCAUAAUGAUUGGUAUGCAACCGAGACGAUGGAUAUAUAGCGAUACCUUAUGCCAAAUUUCUGGAUUUUUUAUUGGUGUCUUUCACUCUGUAACCGUAAUAACACUUAUGGUCAUUGCAAUCUUUCGCUAUUUGAUAGUUGUCCAUGGACGUCGCGUUAAUUUAAAAAAAAAACACGUAUGGAUUGCUAUAGUCUUAAUUUGGAUCUUUGCAAUUUUAGAUGCUUUACUCCCAAUCAUCGGCUGGAGUAAAUAUGCAUACAGUUUGCUCGAAUUCGGAUGUUUGCCUGAAUUCGAUCCAACACCUCCAUCCUAUGCUCUCUUUCUACUUCUUGCGGUGACUUUGAUACCUUUAUCUAUCAUUACUUAUUGCUAUAUCGCUAUUUUAAUCAAUAUUUUUAUACAUGAUGGUACGUUAAGG